AUGCAGGACUCAUCCACCACAAGAAAGAGACGCAGCAGGAAAGUUGUGGAUGACAGUGACGAGGAAGAAGAUGUAGCACCCGUCAAAGCCCCUGCUACCAAAGCAAAGCCCAAAAGUCAGCCAAAGCCUGAAGAAACUAAAGAAGAACCUACAACAUCCUCUGCCUACUUCGCAUCCAGUAAGAAGAAGACACGGCCUGCAAAACCGACCGAGCAAGCUCAGCCCGAUAAAGCCAAGAUUGUCGCCGAAAGUCCUAAACCCAAGAAGACUGCCGAAGAACCCGUGAACAAAGGUCGAACCACUACACGAGGAUCAACAAAGAAAGCCACAAAUGUCCUUGAGGAUGAAAAUCUCGGCGCCGAUGACAUUUUUGCAACCGAAUACGGGAAGGCCGGCAAAGGAGAGGACGCUUAUGUGGCCGAGGAUGAUAGCGACGAGGAUAGUGACUUUGAAAUGCUCGAGGUGAAGCCAGCCGCUGCAGCAUCGAAGAGGACACAGAAGAAGCAAUCCUCUCGCGAUGAUGAGGAUGAUGUGGUCAUGGAAGAUCUCCCCAAGAUUCCUGCCCCGAAGGCUGGACCUGGCCGCAAGCGCAAAUCGGAAGCUCUCAUCGACGAGGAUGAAGAUGGUGACUACCAAGAACCCAAAAAGGAAACCAAAAAGGCAGCCCCGAAGGCCAAGGCCGCGGCAUCGCCAGCUGCGAAGAAGCAAAAGGCUAGCCCUAAAAAGGCUAAAAAGGAGGAUAAACCAGAGAGCAAAGAGCUCCAAGAUAUCUUCGACAGCAUUCCUACGAUUGAAGCCCCAGAACCUCCUAAGGGAGAGCCAAAGAAGUUCAAAUUUGGAGCACAGCAAAGCCGGGACCCGGCAACGACUGGGACUAAGGAAAUGCCCGUUGGGCAAGAAAACUGCCUUGCUGGCUUGUCGUUCGUUUUCACUGGCGUUCUGGAAUCCCUCGGCCGCGAAGAGGGUGCGCAAUUGGUGAAGAAGUAUGGAGGCAAAGUCGUUGGUGCUCCUAGUUCUAAAACGAGCUAUGUGGUCCUCGGAGGUGAUGCCGGCCCAAAGAAGCUUGAGACCAUUGCGAAGCACAAGAUCAAGACCAUCAACGAGGACGGGCUCUUCGAAUUAAUUCGACGACUGCCUGCCAACGGCGGUGAUGGGAAGGCAGCCGAAAAGUACGCCGAGAAACUGAAAGCCGACGAGGCUAAGGUCCGUGCCAUGGCGGCCGAAAUCGAUGCGGAGGAGAAGAAACGAGAAGAGCAAAAACGAAAGACGGCCGCGGCUCAAGCACCCAAAACCACCGCCGCAGCUUCUCAGACGCCACCAAGCUCACAGCCCGCAUCAUCUGGCGAUCUCUGGACCACGAAAUAUGCCCCAACAUCGACCAGUAUGAUCUGUGGUAAUAAGGGUGCCGUGGAAAAGAUUCAGAGCUGGCUGCGGAACUGGCAUGCCAAUGCCCAGAACGAUUUCAAAAAGGGCGGUAAAGACGGAUCGGGAAUAUACCGUGGUGUUAUGAUUCACGGUCCCCCGGGAAUCGGAAAAACUACAGCAGCCCAUCUCGUGGCGAAGCUGGAAGGAUUCGAUGUCGUGGAGACCAACGCCAGUGACACCAGAAGUAAGAAGCUUGUCGAGAGCUCCACCCUGGGUGUGUUAGACACAACAUCAUUGCAAGGAUAUUUCGCCGGACAAGGCAAACAAGUGGAUAAUGAAAAGAAAAAGCUCGUCCUCAUCAUGGAUGAGGUCGAUGGCAUGUCUGCCGGUGACCGUGGAGGUGUGGGAGCUGUCGCAGCCAUUGUCAAGAAGACCAAGAUUCCAAUCAUUCUUAUUUGCAAUGAGCGAAAGCUUCAAAAGAUGAAACCUUUCGACUUCAUCACUUAUGACGUGCCAUUCAGACGCCCGACUGCUGAGCAAAUUCGAGCAAGGCUGUCCACUAUUUGUUUCCGAGAAGGCCUCAAGAUUCCGCCUCCUGUACUUGAUGGCCUCAUUGAAGGAACACAUGCCGAUAUCCGCCAGGUCAUCAACAUGCUUUCCACCGCAAGACUAGAUCAAAAAGGUCUCAGCUACGACGAAGGCAAGCAGAUGUCAAAGUCGUGGGAGAAGAAUAUCAUCCUCAAGCCGUGGGAUAUUGUCAGCAAAAUUCUCAGCGCCCAGAUGUUCUCUCCGAGUUCCACUGCGACCCUGAACGACAAGGUCGAGCUUUAUUUCAACGAUCACGAGUUCAGUUACCUGAUGCUUCAGGAGAAUUACCUCAAGACCAAACCCGCUCUCGCAGGCAAAUAUCAUGGCCAGGAACAACGACUGAAGUCGCUUGAAUUGCUGGAUAAUGCCGCCUCGAGUAUCAGUGAUGGUGACCUUGUCGACCGCAUGAUCCACGGCACCCAGCAGCAGUGGAGUCUUAUGCCCACCCAUGCGAUCUUCAGUUUCGUGCGGCCGGCCAGCUUCCAGUACGGAAACUUCAAUGAGCGGCCUGCAUUUACUAGCUGGCUGGGCAAUAACAGCAAACAUGGCAAACUAUCACGAUACGUCAAGGAAAUACAGGGCCACAUGCGUCUUCGUACCACAGGUAACCGCGACGAGAUCCGUCAGCAGUACAUGCCCUUGCUCCAGGAGAAGAUGAUACGCCGAAUGAUGGACGAAGGCAAGGACUGCGUCGACUCGGUCAUUGAUCUUAUGGAUGAAUACUAUCUCACUCGCGAGGACUUCGAUUCCAUGGUUGAACUAGGACUCGGCCCAAUGGACGAGUCUAAAAUAAAACUUGAGACACAGACCAAAGCCACCUUCACGCGACUGUACAAUUCGCGUUCGCACCCCAUGCCAUUCAUGAAGGCUAGCAAUGUUGUGGCACCUAAGCAGGCAAAGAAGGAGAAGCCUGAUAUUGAAGAUGCUCUUGAAGGAUCCGAUGAAGAAGAAGUUGUCGAAGAGACCAAGAAUGACGAUGAGGAAGAACUUGAUCUGAAGAAGGAUAAGUAUGUGACCUUGCCUAAGAAAAAGAAGGCGCCGGCCAAGGGCAAGAAGACGAAGAAGGCCGAUGACGAUGUUGAUGCCGAGGAGGAAAAGCCGAAAAAGGCUCGUAAGAGCAGGGCCAAGCCCAAGGCUUGA